AUGAUUCAACAAGAAUACCCCACCCAUCACUCAAAAACCUCUACAUCAUCAAACACCUCCCAAACAGUCGGCACUACCACACAUCCCCCUGUUCUCCAAUCCCCCCAUUCCACCCAACAAGACAAACCUUCACAACAAACUCAAAUCGUACAAGGGCUUCCACCACCCCAGCGAGUACACCCCACUCUCAAAGGUGUUCAUGUCGAUCCAGAACUCAAAGAUCACAGUGGGCCUCCUAUUCAAUCCGAUUGCUCCAGCACCUCUCAUCGAGCGGAUGAACUUCACAUUAUCAAUUUGUUGAGUCCCAGAAAAAAAAAGAAAGAACCAGCCAUCCUUGGAAAUGAUGAGCCCUCGUCAAAGGAAGAAGUCCAUGACACCAAAAUGCAAGAACUGUCACAUCUGAAUCACAAUACAGUUACUUCAGCCAAAGAUCCAUUGAUUGGGAAGGAAGGUCUCCCGAAUUAUGAGCAAGAAGCAUCAUCAAGCCCUAUAAAUCACAAAGGCGCUCUCAACACUGACACACUAGCACCAGGAUUACAUUUGGAAGCCACUGCAACUGAAAAUCAUUCUUCUGAUCAAUCCAAUACACCGUCAAAGCAAGAACCAAACCAGUCAAUUCACUCCAAGGAUAUUGGUCCAAGUGGUGAUCUUAAACAAACCUCACAGCUAGAUCUACCACCUCAGGACAAUCCACUUCCAGUUAUCAACAAAAAUGACUCCCCGAUUGUUGAUACCAUUCAACCAAGGGCAAAAUAUUGCAAGCGCAAGAUUGACAAUGUCCCCCCUCAGCUCCCACAACAAGUUUCUGCACGCCGCAUAGCUGCUGAGAGCAAGAAGUUAUUAGCUCAGAAUCCAAUGAUUAAGAUUAGAUCAUACUUUGCCGCCGCCGUAGAUUUCAUCAGGAGAAGAAACGGGCAGUGUGACAACGGCUCUCCACACCACCUUGUUGACAUCGACUGUACCAAAGUGUUCAGGAUCUGUGGUCAAUCCUAUACUCAAGAAUGA